CAACGGUGUUUUCUUGGCGUAAUUAAGAAGCAGCACAAUCAUCUGUUGUUGGAAGUAAUUAGUGCGAAGGGCUCGGUACUUUUGCCAGAAGAAAAUGGGCAGCCCACGGAUUUCAGAGCAACUACCCCCGCUUUUAGACUCAACAAAAGCACCAGUAGCUUUCGGGAAUCGAGCACUUCCUCGGUUGUCCAUGGACUUACAGGACCCUCGGCUAUACAUACGCCAGAGGGCGCUCGCCGCUCUCUGUGAUCUUGUCCACGAUCCGGAGCGGGCCUAUGAGACUAUUCAAAAAGACUCUCUGGAGAUACUAAAGGUUCUUCUGAAAGAUGAGGAUGCUGCUGUGAGGACCAAAACCACAGAGGUGCUAUACCUACUGGCCACACACAAUGUAGGCAGGGAGGCCUUUCUCAGAUACAACGUGGUGGGUCCUCUGUCUGAUUUGCUCGACGAGCCAGUGGAUGCCUGCAGAAGGAACAUGCACAGAGCUCUAAAAAUGGUGGCCGAAUUUCCUGCAGGGGCGGCCUGUAUAGUGGCUCACAACCUGGUGCAUAACCUGGUGGAGAAGGUGACGAUGGAGAGCGUGGACAUCCGGGCGCUGCUGCUGGGAACGCUGAGCUGCUGUGUGCAGGUGAACGCGAUACCUGCGCUCCAGAGCAACGGUGUGGCCAUCCUGCGUGAGCAGCUCGCCAGCGAGUCGCUCGCCAUCCGACGAGCUGCUGCCAGUGCCAUGGUGGGCAUCAGCGUUCCUAUUGAGGGGAAGCAGCGUGUGUGUGAGGAGAAUGUUCUGCCUGUCUUGGUCCGUCUGCUGUCAGAUAAGGACCCAGAAGUCAGUGCCAGUGCUGCAGGGACCAUCAUGAACACCGCCGUCAUCACCAGAGGUAAAUACCAGGCACUGGAGGCCGGUGCCAUCCCUCCCCUGCUGGGCCUGGUGAAGAGUGACAUCCGUGCGGUGAGUGCCAAUGCCCUGCGUGCCCUCACCUGCCUGGCAGAAGCCCCCCCCGCUAGGCUGGAUCUGCUGGAGCACCUGCCACUGCUGAGGACCCGCCUCAGUCAUCCAGAGCCCAUCAUCCAGCGCGCUGCUGAAACGGCCAUCCAUGUCAUCUCCUGGAAGCCCUGAUGGAGAGGAGGUGGAAAGGAGAGGAGAGAGGAGAGGAGGGCAGAGAAGAGAAACGAGUGGGGAGGGAGUGGAGGAGACAGGGAGGAGAGGAGUGGAAGAAAGGAGAGGAUCGGAAGGAAGCAAAUUGAAGAGGAGAGGGCAAUAGGGAAUUUAAUACUUCCAGUUCAGGCACACACACAAAACUGUUUUUCAUGCAAGGACAAAUAAAGGAGGAAACAAAACAAUCAUUAUCUGUGGUGUUUCUCCAAAAGACACAAUAUCCUAAAUUCUUAUUCCAAACAAUAGUAGUGGAAUUAAAUAGUGUUUAAUUGCACUUGUGCUCAUUAUAAAAACAUUGUGUCAUUAAAA